AUGCGUAGAGUUCGCCGGUGUGCCAUGUUCAGCCCCUCACUUUCUUGCAAGUGCACAUGCGCUCUCAAGGGAUUGAAUGAACGCAAGACCACCGGACAGGAAGGAUCAGAUUUCUCAAAGCUCUUGCAUGUCCGGAUUUCAACCAGAGGUUAUUCCUCUGGUGUCAUAACGUUGAAAAUCAUAUAA